AAAAAUUAAAAAACAAAGACACUUCAAGGUGGAGGGUAGUUUUGUAACAAUAUUUUCAGCUUUGUGGGCUGAGAUUUGUGAUUUGUAUUCCGCGUGAUGAUAACAGGGACAAGCCCUAUCUCCAUGGAUGGGGAAGACCAGAAACCAAGUCUGGAAUCACCAUUGAUUUCUCAAGAAGCUGUCUCUCACUCCAGGAAUGGAGCAAAAAGAGAGGAGAUCUUGGGUGAAGUGAAGAAACAGUUGAAGCUAGCAGGGCCUUUGAUGUCAGUCAAUGUUCUACUAUAUAGCUUACAGGUGAUUUCAGUAAUGUUUGUGGGUCAUCUGGGAGAACUAGCUCUCUCUGGUGCUUCCAUGGCCACUUCCUUUGCUUCAGUCACUGGCUUAAGCUUGAUUGAAAGUGAUGAUGAGCAUGAAGUUGGAGACCCAGUGAAGGGGGCAAUGGAACUGAUCUUAGGGAGUUUUGAGGUAGGAAUGGGAAGUGCAUUAGACACCUUCUGCGGUCAGUCAUUUGGAGCAAAACAAUAUCAUAUGCUUGGUGUACACAAGCAAAGAGCUAUGGUUGUGCUUCUAUUGGUUAGCAUUCCUGUUGCUUUUAUUUGGAACAAUACAGGCCAUAUUCUUGCAUCAUUGGGACAAGAUCCAGAAAUAUCAGCUGAAGCCGGACUUUAUGCUCACUUUAUGAUACCUAGCAUUUUCGCUUUUGCGCUUCUACAAUGUCAUAUUAGAUUCUUACAAGCUCAAAACAAUGUAGUUCCCAUGAUGAUAACCACAGGAUUCACAACUCUACUCCACACCCUCACUUGUUGGAUGUUGGUUUUCAAAUCAGGUCUGGGAAACAAAGGGGCUGCCCUUGCAAAUGCCAUCUCUUAUUGGAUUAAUGUCCUCUUGUUAGCAAUUUAUGUCAGGAUCUCCCCUUCCUGCAAGAAAACAUGGACGGGUUUUUCGAAGGAGGCAUUGCAUGAUGUGCUAAAGUUUCUCAAAUUAGCUAUUCCUUCAGCUAUAAUGCAAUGCUUGCAAGUCUGGUCAUUCGAAAUGAUGGUAUUGUUAUCUGGUCUGCUUCCAAAUCCAAAGCUUGAGACAUCAGUUCUAUCAAUCAGCUUUAACAUAUAUGCAAUACUUUAUAUGAUAUUCAUUGGAAUUAGUGGCGCAACAAGUAUAAGAGUUUCAAACGAAUUAGGGGCUGGACGAACACAAGCAGCACUUUUAGCCGUGUAUGUUGCAUUAUUCAUGGUCGCCAUAGAAGGCAUUUUGGUAGCCACAGCCCUGAUCUUAGGACGUAACUUCUGGGGCUAUUCUUACAGUAGUGAAGAAAAAGUAGUGAACUAUGUUGGAGAAAUGAUGUUCUUGCUUGCAGGAUCCCACUUUAUAGAUGGCAUUCAAUCAGUGCUUUCAGGCAUGGUUAGAGGAAGUGGCAAGCAAAAAAUUGGGGCUUUGGUUAACCUAGGAGCUUAUUAUCUAGCUGGAAUUCCAUCUGGUGCAUUAUUAGCUUUCGUCUAUCAUAUUGGAUUAAAGGGAUUCUGGACAGGAAUUAUAGUUUCACUCUUCCUGCAGGCAUUAUUUCUUGCAAUCAUAAUUCUUUGCACUAAUUGGGAGAAAGAAGCAAAGAAGGCUACUGAUAGAGUGUAUGACUCAAUGGUCCCUGUGAAUGCAAUAUCAUCGAGUUGACAUUGAAAAUCCGCUGGAGACAGCUAGAGUCCCAAGCCAUAGCAGAUCUCCCAGCUGAUUUCACUGUAGUAAUAGAAAGAACAUCCAGGGAUCGCAUACCCAUGGUGUUGAGGUGAAGGAUGGAGAGGCAAAGGCCAACGGACACUAUUGAUAGAUGGGUCCUCUAUCAGGGUUGGGGGUGAGUAGAUCAUAGGUUACUUAUUUCUGAAAAUGCUUUAUUGAAUAUGUUCUUGAAGGCUUGUAAUAAACUAAAGACAAAUAAAUAUCAACACUGUCAGUAUAGUGCAUUGCUUCCAUUAAA